CCCUCCUUAAAUCACCCCAUCCUUUGUGGAAAAACCGGAGGCAUCCGUCGUCAGGAGUUCAGUCUGUGCAAGAGGUCGGCUUUUGAACCUUGGCCCGGAACACAUCUCUGGGAAGUAGGCCUCCCGAGCUUGAAUACCGCAACGGCGAUUUUGUCAGGACAAAAAAAAAAGGGAGAAGGAAGACAGAGAUGAAUCCUAGACGCUGCUGUUUGAUGAAAUCACAACACCGCGCACACGCCAAACCUUAACUGCGGGACACGCAACUUCAUUGCUCAGAAAAAGGCGGGCCCGGGGGGCCUUGGAGGAGGGGGAGCACAAGUCACUGUCCAUCAAUCCACCAUAACGCAAUGCAGGGGCUGAUGUGGAGCCUGUGCGCUCUACUCUGCCUCUCCCUGUGGGGAGGAAGUUCCUGUGGGAACUCCAAGGAAACCCGGAGGACAAAAGAGGCGUCUCUUCACAGGAGUAAAAGAGCCCUCGUAGAUCCCGAUGGCAAAAAGUGCUCCUACACCUUCCUAGUGCCUGAGCAGAAAAUUACAGGUCCAAUCUGUGCCAGCUCCACAGGCCCCGAGCCAAACAAGGACGCAGUGACCCGCAUGGACCUCGCAGACGUGCGGGAGGUGCUGAGCAAACAGCGGCGCGAGAUCGACACGCUGCAGCUGGUGGUGGACGUGGACGGCAACCUGGUGAACGAGAUGAAACUGCUGAGGAAAGAGAGCAGGAACAUGAACUCCAGGGUGACCCAGCUUUACAUGCAGCUGCUGCAUGAGAUCAUCAGGAAACGGGACAACUCCCUGGAGCUGGCCCAGCUGGAGAACCGCGUCCUCAACGUGACCUCCGAGAUGAUACGACUCAACUCCAGGUACAGGGAGCUGGAGGCCCGCUUCGCCACCAUGGCCGGGGUGGUCAACAACCAGUCCGUUCUCAUCUCAGCCUUGGAAGAACAAUGCCUGAGGCCCGUGGGGCGCAGCGAUCUGCCUGCCAUGCCGCCGCUGGUUCAGGUGGUGCCGCAGACCAUACCGGUCAACAACCGCUUCACCAACGAAAUACAGCGGGACCACAACAACAGGGCGUUUUCGCGAGGAUCGCGCACAAACUCGCCAACUCCGAGCCCCUUUGGAAUUGAACCUCCGCCGCCACAGGGAACGCUCACUUCUGAUGGUCCAUUCAAGGACUGUUUCCAGGUGCGGAAAGCCGGUCACACUACCAGCGGGAUGUACCUGCUGAAGACUGAUGGCAGCGAGCGGCUGAUCCAAGUUUGGUGCGAGCACGGCCUCGACAACGGCGGCUGGACCGUGUUGCAGAGGAGGCGGGACGGCUCUGUUAAUUUCUUUCGCAACUGGGAGAACUACAAGAGAGGCUUUGGCAACAUUGACGGCGAACACUGGCUCGGGCUGGAGAACAUUUACAACCUGGGCAAGCAGGGUGACUACAAACUUAUGGUGGAACUGGAGGACUGGAACGGCAAGAAGGUGUACGCAGAGUACAGCAGCUUCCGCCUGGAGCCCGAGAGCGAGGGCUACCGCCUGAGGCUGGGCGCCUACCAGGGCAACGCCGGUGACUCCUUCACCAGCCACAACGGCAAACAAUUCACCACGCUGGACCGAGACAAGGAUGCCUUCUCAGGGAACUGCGCCCACUUCCACAAGGGCGGCUGGUGGUACAACGCAUGUGGCCAGACCAACCUGAACGGCGUGUGGUACAGCGGCGGAGUUUACCGCAGCAAAUUUCAAGACGGGAUCUUCUGGGCCGAAUACGGAGGGGGGUUCUACUCACUCAAGUCCGUGUGCCUGAUGAUCCGACCCAUUGACUAGAUCCUCGCCACAGUGGCUCCUGCUUUAUUUUCCACAAAUAAAAAAUGCAUCCCUGAAUAGACACUGUACAAGUACGAGGAUAAAAGACAUUUGAGAAGAGGAGGAGGAAUAAACGACGGCAUAUGUUUUUGCAAGGACUGAUGGACUCCAAGCAGCUCAAAUGCCGAAAAGAAUAGAAACUGUUCCUGAAGGCCAAGUCGGAAAAAAAAUCCAAAUUGUUUCAGUUGAGCCAUGCAGCAUGAAUCCAGCCUUUGGCUCCUGGGACAAUCAAUAUUACUCCCAUGUGACACAGUUGACUUCUUGGGGAAAGACGGAAUGGUCUUUCUUUUUCUGUUUUUUUUUUU